CGGAGCAUCGGAAUGGUCAGUUCUGUACCUGUCGAUAUGGAAAGCCAACUCCUACACGCACAUAUGUCACCCGUUAUUUGAACACGAGCCGUCACAAAAGGUUUCCACUAGUCUGACAGUGAUUACACUCAACAUACCAUCGGCGGAUAGUUGGUGCUGUUAGAGUCACUGAACACUAAGACUAAUAGUUAUUAUUUUCUUCUUUUUUCUUCUUUUUUUAAAAACAAUUUAAACUGUUUUGAACUUCAUCAAACAUGGACAUCAAAGAGAGGAGUACGAUGACAGAGUUCUGGAAGGAGCACAGCCGCCAGGCCACGGUUGAGGAAAUGAUGUUGGACUCUCAUGCCCAGGAGCUGACCCUGCACGAACUGCCUGAGAUCCUCUCCCUGCUGCCCAGCCUUUCCGGCCAGAGGGUCCUGGAGCUGGGCGCCGGGAUCGGUAGGUACACCAGCCACCUGUUGACCCAGGCCAGUCACGUGACAGCGGUCGACUUCAUGGAGAGCUUCGUGGAGAAGAACAGACAGGACAACAGUCACCAUGGCAACGCCUCCUUCCUCCAGGCAGACGUCACCAAGCUGGACUUCCCCAAAAACAGUUUUGACAUCAUCUUCUCCAACUGGCUACUGAUGUAUCUGAGUGACGAGGAGCUGACGUCACUAACAGAGAGGAUGCUGGGAUGGCUCUGCCCCGGAGGAUACCUGUUCUUCAGGGAAUCCUGCAACUACCAAUCAGGUGACUGUAAGAGGACCUUUAACCCUACACACUACAGAUCGUCGGCCCACUACAGUCACUUGAUGACAACAACACUACGGGAGGAGUCAGAGGGGCCGGAGAAGCAGGUGUUUGGCUUUGACAUCGUGCUCAAUAAAACCGUGCAGACAUACAUCAAGAUGAAGAACAACCAGAACCAGGUGUGUUGGCUGUUGGAGAAGGUGGGUCGGGACACCGCCUGUCAAGAGGGCUUCAGAACCUUCCAGCAGUUCCUGGACAACCAGCAGUACACACGCAAAGGCAUCCUGCGAUACGAAAAGAUGUUUGGGGCAGGAUACGUCAGCACUGGGGGACACAGCACUACCAAGGAGUUUGUUAACCUGCUGAACUUGAAACCUGGAAUGAAGGUGCUGGAUGUGGGCUGUGGCAUCGGUGGUGGAAACUUCUACAUGGCAAAGGCCUUCGGCGUGGAAGUGCUGGGCCUGGACCUGUCAGCCAACAUGGUGGAUAUCGCCAUAGAGAGGGCCAUGGAGGAGAAGCUUCCAUCGGUCCAUUUCGAGGUGGCCGACGCCACUAAGAGAGAGUUCCCAGAAGCGUCGUUUGAUGUGGUCUACAGUCGAGACACCAUCCUGCACAUCGACGACAAACUGGCAAUGUUCAAACGCUUCCACUCGUGGUUGAAGCCCGGUGGCCAGGUUCUGAUCACUGACUACUGCUGUGGAGAGAAGCCCUGGACUCCUCAGUUCCAGGAGUACGUCAAACAGAGAGGUUACAUUCUCUACACCCCACCACAGUACGGCAAGUUUCUCCAGCAGGCAGGUUUCUCUAAUGUACGUGCUGAGGACAGGACAGCUCAGUUCAUGCAGGUGAUCCAGACAGAGCUGGAGAGAGCAGGGGCCAUGGAAGACGAGUUCCUUAAGGAGUUCUCAGAGGAAGACUACCUGGCCAUUGUCAACGGCUGGAGAGACAAACUAAAACGCUGCAAAACUGGAGACCAACGGUGGGGCCUAUUUCACGCAACAAGGAACUGAGAGAGCGAGAGAGGAGAAAAGAUAGAAAAAUAACCCAUUCAGGAGGAAGAGUUCAGUGCCUGGGCCCAGCCGCACUGCUUUCAGAUCAACUAGAGGAGAUUACCAGGCACCGGUACGCCAAAAUCUGAGAUUACAUACACUGAGGCAAUUAUUUAACCAGGUAGGCUAGUUGAGAACACCUUUAUUUAACCAGGUAGGCUAGUUAAGAACACCUUUAUUUAACCAGGUAGGCUAGUUGAGAACACCUUUAUUUAACCAGGUAGGCUAGUUAAGAACACCUUUAUUUAACCAGGUAGGCUAGUUAAGAACACCUUUAUUUAACCAGGUAGGCUAGUUAAGAACAAGUUCUGGUUUAUAACAGCGACCUGGCCCAGAUAAAACACAGCAGUUCGACACAUACAACAACACAGAGUUACACAUGGAGUAAACAAACAUACAGUCAAUAAUACAGUAGAAAAAAAGUCUAUAUACAGUGUGUGCAAAUGAGGUGAGAUAAGGGAGGUAAAGGCAAUACAAUAGGCCAUGGUGGCGAGGUAAUUACGGUAUAACAAUUAAACACUGGAGUGAUAGAUGUGCAGAAGAUGAAUGUGCUUCACUUUACUUAUUGUACUUUGUUUAAAUACUUUACUUACUUAAAAAAUAUUUCACAAAAAUGUUAUGGAACCAAACUGAAUUUGAUUAAAACAUUCUAAACAUUGAUUAAAACAUUUUAACAAGACAAUAUUAUUAUCCAGGGUGAAUGUGCAUCAUUUCCCAGUCUGUACUAUCAACAUACAUAGGUUUUUACAAAUAAAUGUUUGAAAACCUCC